AUGGCCCUCCCAUCAAUUCUUCGCCCCCGGAGGAGCCACCAGCACACCGACAGCACCUCCGAGAAGCAUGAUCCCUCAGCACCAUUAACACAACCAUCGUCAGGUAGACCUUCUCAAGAUGCUCCCAGCUCACAACACAAUACCAUCGUCACGGCCAAUGGCUCCGAGAUAAGUGAUGAGGCGCUCAAGCGUGCGACACGCGUACGAAAGGGGUUCGCAUUGCUGGCCUCGUUUUCUUAUCUCAUUAGUUGGAUCUUCCUGCUCCUGGUCCUCAUUGGCAACACUCACCCCCGACCCGUCCUCCGCGACAUCUACUUCUUUAAGCUUAUCCUCGCUGACAUCAUUCCUAUGUCGGUCCCCAACGCUGCGCUGAUCAACUCUAUCGCGCAGACCAUCGGCUUGCAUGACUUUUACCAGGUUGGGUUGUGGAAUUUUUGUGAAGGGUAUAUGAAUGAGGGCAUCACCGCCUGCAGCGAACCCAAACCCCUCUACUGGUUCGACCCGGUCUCCAUCCUCACCAGUGAACUCCUCUCCGGUGCAACCAUCGCCCUCCCCUCCCAAAUCGUCACAAUCCUCUCCGUCCUGCGCAUUUCCUCCCAAAUUAUGUUCGGCUUCUUCCUCACCUCGACCCUACUCUCCUUCCUGCUCUGCCCGCUCUCCCCCCUCGCCCUGUCCUCCCGCUGGUGGUCUUUGCCCCUAGCCUUCGCCGCCUUCUUGAAUAUGGUCUUGACACUCUCGGCGAGUGUCGUGGGCAGUGUGAUUAGCGUUGCGUUUAAGUACGCGGCGACGGCUCAGAGUGAGCUGAACAUUAGGGCGGAGGUCGGGGGCAUGAUGUUUGUGUUUAUGUGGGUUGCGGCGGGGGCGGGAGUUGUGGGGUUUGCGGUGCAUGCUGGGAUGGGGUGUUGUUGUACGUCGAGGAGGGAUGUCAAGAGUGGGAGGAGGAGGGUUGGGGAGGAUGGAAGGGUGAUUCGGUGGUAA